CUUGGGCCAUAAAGCCAGGCUCAAGGCAGAUGUGUACAACUUGACAAACUGGCAUGUGGAGCUAUGCGUGACAUGCAGUGGAAUGUUCCACCCAGCUAAAACAGCCAAUUGGGAAAUUUUGCGCCCCUGCAGAAUUUAAGGAGGAAUGAGAUCCAAUUGAAAGGCUGGCCAGGCUUGAAACAUGAGGCACUGAGCAGCUGGUUUGGGGUAUUAGCAUUGGAAACAGCUGCAAGGCCGAACCUUUUUAUCAGUAGAAAGCUUGUUAUUGGACUAACUGACAACUUCCUGUGUUUGCACCAUGGGGAAGUCAGCCUCAAAGCAAUUUGCAGAAGAGGUGCUGCAGCGCCAUAAUGAGCACAGGAAGAAGCACCAGGCUCCACCACUCAAGCUGAGCGCCAAACUGAACAGAGAGGCCACCCGCUAUGCUGAGAGUUUGGCUAGCACACGGAUUCUAAAACACAGUGAGGAGUCCAGUAGGGGGAGCUGUGGCGAGAACCUGGCAUGGGCCUCCUAUGACCAAUCAGGGACGGAUGUGGCCGACCGCUGGUACGAUGAAGUCAAACAGUACAACUUCAGCUCUCCUGGAUUCUCCUCUAACACUGGCCAUUUCACAGCAAUGGUGUGGAAGAGCAGCACAACGUUGGGUGUCGGUAAAGCCAUUGCAUCAGACGGCUCCUCCUUCGUGGUGGCCAGAUACUUUCCAGCUGGGAAUAUCACCAACCAGGGGCACUUUGACAACAACGUCCUCCCGGUUAAAGCUUCCGGACCCCCCUCCUAAAGAUGAUUAAGUCAAUUUGUGGCCUGCAAUGCGAUGGAGAGAAGCAUCCUGCAUUGGACUUAAGAGAACCACUUGGGCUGAAACUAUGAGUGUUUUCUCGUUUGAAAACGACUGUUAAAUAAUACAGUGUCUAGAGAAAUAUGUGUAAGACUGUUGGCUAACACACAGGAGCUCACUUUAUCUGUAUUUGUAUACAAACCGAAACCAAGUCAAUUACAUAGAAAUAUGUUUUACAUAUGAAAUCAUACCUUGAUCAUGGUUGGUAUUUUUCCGGUUAUCCAACCAGAAUUCUGUGUUUUGUUUACUAGUAUUUAAAGUGGAUAAACAGUCCAAAAUGUUGUAAUCCGUCCAUUUUUUUGAAUAAAAUUUACAACAUACAUACUGUUGCUUUGCCUGUUGGUUUCCAACACACAUGGAUUUGUGUAAUAUCCAUUGUU